UGAUGACGCGAUCCUCACGUGACCAGGAGUCGACGUGUGCAGAAGUCCUUAUCGUCCAGGGCCUGUUUCCCUGUAGCAGCUCCGUAUUGCUGGAGAAGGAGAAAAGUGCCCCGGAUCCCUUCAGGUACUGGCCUGCUCGCUCAGCAAGCACUCCUGUCGGUCUGCAGGACUCUUUGGUCUUUUGGGCGCGACACAAAUCGAGUGAGGGAAGGAGGCAGGAAAAUCCCCUGGAUCCCUGCAGGAUUAAUUUAUUCAAAAGAAAUAACAGAAAAAUACUCAACAUGCAAAAGUCUUGUGAAGAAAAUGAAGGAAAACCACAGAACAUGCCAAAGACCGAGGCCGACCGCCCUUCGGAAGAUGUACCACAGGAGGCGGAAGGAAAUCCUCAACCUUCCGAAGAAGGUGUAAGCCAGGAAGCAGAAGGAAAUCUUAGAGGAGGGCUGACCCAGCCUGGCCAGGGGUUUAAAGAGGACACUCCUGUGAGGCAUUUGGACCCUGAAGAAAUGAUAAGAGGAGUAGAUGAGUUGGAAAGGCUUAGGGAAGAGAUAAGAAGAGUAAGAAACAAGUUUGUGAUGAUGCAUUGGAAGCAAAGACAUUCACGCAGCCGUCCUUACCCUGUGUGCUUUAGGCCUUGAAUUCUUUUUUUGUCUGAUAUUAAAAUCUGGCCCCUGCUUUCUUUCUGUUAGCGUUUUCUGAUGUAUCUUUGACCUUCGUUUACUUUAAUCAUCUGGUGGAAUUUUGUUUUAGGUAGUUUCCUUGUUAUCAGCAUCUCACUGGAUUUUGUAUUUUGACCCAUUCUCCAGGUCUGUUUUUCAAUUGGAAAGUUUCACACAUUUGCAUGAAAAUAUAUUCAUUAUAUAUUGUGAAGUAAAACAUAACAGGUUACAAAGCGAUAUAUUUAGUAUCAGCUCACAUAUGUAGGAUUAAAUCCCAAAUUUGUGUGCGCGUGUGUGCGUGUGUGUGUAUACAUACAAACAUAUAUCAGAAACGUAACUGCUUAUUUCUGUGUGGCGUGAGCUUUUUUCUUUUUGCUUAUAUGUAUUUUUUCAUGAACACAUGUCACACACACACAAAGAAUUGAAGUUUUAUAAGUAAGAGUUAAAUAAUUUGCAACCAGCUUCUAAGGGCAAUGGGGGCACCUAAACUCUUGAUGGAAGAACUAUUAAAAAAAUGUAAACCUCAAGUUACCUCUGGAUCUCUUAGCCAGAGGAAUAAAACUGGCAAUUAUUACAGA